UCUUGGCCAGGAGGUAGGUGGGAUUCGUAACAGCGCCUGUAUGACACGUAGGACAGCUUCAGGUAGCCCGAAAACCUUAAAGCAGUGCAGGGUGAGCCAGUCAGAUCAAUAAAAAUGAACAUACCAGUGGUGGACUUCAGCGCAUUCAACCUGAAUGAAAAGGAUGUUGUGGACGAUCAGCUUCACGUCAUGAGCAAAGAGUUGAAAACAGCCUUUACAGAAAUUGGGUUUGUCUAUCUGAAGAACACGGGGAUUACUCAAGAAGAGGUGGAUCAUGUCAUGGCCAUUUCCAAGAAUUUCUUCCUGCAGCCAGAGGAGCUGAAGCGACCCUUCAGCCGGAAAACCUAUGCCCACAAUCCUUUUGACGGCUGGGUGUCCUCAGAAGCUGAAUGGUUGAAUCCACGUCGACCUGGAGAUUUAAAAGAGGCAUUCAACAUAUCUUCUCUUCGCUCUGAUAUAAACUGGCCAUCAUCAGGUGCUGCAGCAGGGUUCAAGGACGCCCACAUUUCUUUUUUCUUGCGCUGUAAAGAGCUGUCUCUGCGGAUACUGAGGGUGAUGGCCCACAGUCUGGAUCUGGACCCAGAGGUGUUCCUCAGCACACAUCGUCUCAUGGGGAGUGAUGAGAGCUUAACUACGCUGCGGACCCUCUACUACCCACCGGUAAACAGCGAAAAGGUGAAAGAGGGUCAGGUGCGCUGUGGAGAACAUUCAGACUAUGGCAGCAUCACUCUGGUGUUCCAGGGCCAAGAAGGCCUACAGGUCCUCAAUCGUUCUGGUGAAUACAUCUCUGUUCCCGUCAUUCCUGGAGCAGUCCUGGUCAACAUUGCUGACUUGAUGCAGCGCUGGACCGGCGACCUGUUCAUCUCUGCAGUUCACAGGGUUUUACUGCCCCCUGCUGGCGACUGCAGCGCACGUCAGUCUCUGGCUUUCUUCCUGCACCCAGAUGAUGAGGCCAUGAUAACCUGCAUUGACGGCUCCAACAAAUACCCCCCAAUUAAAUCACAUGACUACAGCAUCGCACAAGGCAAUAAGAUAUACUGAUCAAAGUGAAUUUCUGUCCAGCCAUUCCUUCUGUCUUAACCUAUCAUUCAAAUACCAUUGAGACAAUUCUUUGACUGAAAUAAUCAUUGAGUAUCUGUAAAUCAAUAAGGGACUGGAGGGAAAUUAAAACAUUUAUGUAAGCUAUAGGUUUUUUAUAAUCCUAUGCCAUGGAUCUGAUUGUGUGUGCAAUAGUGAUGGCAUGUUAUUAAAUAAACAGAUCUGUGCG